AUGUCAUCAAAGAGGAAACGAAAUGCCGACUCUGAGACCAAUCCUCCAAAGACGUCUGUCAAGAAAGGUGCUUCUCGCCCAGCGAAAGUGGGUGAUUUGACGGGCGACCCUGCUACCUCCAGUCCGGCGAAGAAAAGGAGAACCCCCAAGACCAAAGAGUCGCCAUCCGAGCCUGCGGCUGAACGCAGGGCCAGGGUCUUUCGCAAGCAUCCACCCAAGUCGUAUUUGGAGAGACAUGCGCGUGCCACGAGUCAAAGGAUGUUUGUCGUUGGCAAAUCUGUCACUGGAACCGACGAAGCCCCUGAGAUGACAUUUAGCAUUGUUGGGACCACAGGCAAUAUUUACAAGACGACUAUUUGCAAGGUGCCGACGUGCGACUGCCCGGAUGCCCAGAAGGGGAACCAGUGCAAGCAUAUCUGUUAUGUUCUAGCCGUUGUGCUCAAGGCUCCCGCGCAUCUGCAGUACCAAUUGGCGUUUCUGUCUUCGGAACUCCUUCAGAUCUACCAGCAGUCCUCCCUGAGUGUCCCAGAAACCGCACCCGAGAGCAAAGACGGUAACCGAAAGCCUGUGGACGGGGACUGUCCCAUCUGUUUCAUGGAAUUUGAAGCAAACGAAGAGAUCGUUUGGUGUCGAGCAGCUUGUGGAAACAACAUCCACAAAACAUGUUUCAUGCAAUGGGCCGCUACCCUGCGAGGUUCGGGCGUGACUUGCGUCUAUUGCCGCUCUCCCUGGCAGUCCGACACCAGUGAUGUGAACCUAGAGAAUCUCGUGACAGAAGGCACAGUGAACCAGGAGGGUUACGUCAACGUGGCUGAUCAACUGGGCCUCUCCGGAGAUCGCGAUUAUUCAAGCUACCACCCGUACUGGGUUUCCCAACAAUUGUAUGGUGGCCGUGGCCGUGGUCGACGAUCUUACUACGGUUAUUACUAA